AUGCGAGGACAUGGAGCACGGAGCGAGGGUGAGGUGAGAGAGGUGCUAAACGAGAUUGGUGGACUGGGCAAAAUGGCACACCCACAAUCAAAUAACAGCUCGGCGUACGAAUUGCAGAAUACAGCACAACAUACGAGGAGGAACGAGCCGCCGCAGUUUUGCCGCCUGCGAUCCGAUAGAUGCGCCGCACACGCCUGCACCCUGGGUUUUGGGACGUGA